UUUCUUUUCUUUCUUUCUUUUUGCUACUCUUUUUUUUAUCUUUCUUUCUUUCUUUCUUUCUUUUUGCUACUCUUUUGUUUUUAUCUUUCUUUCUUUCUUUUUGCUACUCUGUUUUUUUUCUUUCUUUCUUUCUUUUUUUUGCUACUCUGUUUUUAUCUUUCUUUCUUUCUUUCUUUCUUUUUGUUUUACUCUUUUUUUCUUUCUUUUUGCUACUCUGUUUUUUAUCUUUUUUUCUUUCUUUCUUUCUUUUUGCUACUCUGUUUUUAUCUUUCUUUCUUUUCUUUCUUUCUGUUUUUUUUGGAAUAAUAAUUUUAUCUUUCUUUCUUUUUACGUGUAUCAUACACAACAUCUUUCUUUUUUUUUUUGCUACGCUGUUUUUAUCUUUCUUUCUUUCUUUCUUUUUGCUACUCUGUUUUUUAUCUUUCUUUCUUUCUUUCUUUCUUUUUGCUACUCUGUUUUUAUCUUUCUUUCUUUCUUUUUGCUACUCUGUUUUUAUCUUUCUUUCUUUCUUUCUUUCUUUUUGCUACUCUGUUUUUAUCUUUCUUUCUUUCUUUCUUUUUGCUACUCUGUUUUUAUCUUUCUUUCUUUCUUUCUUUUUGCUACUCUGUUUUUAUCUUUCUUUCUUUCUUUUUUUUACUACUCUGUUUUUAUCUUUCUUUCUUUCUUUUUGCUACUCUGUUUUUAUCUUUCUUUCUUUCUUUCUUUAUUUUGCUACUCUGUUUUUAUCUUUCUUUCUUUCUUUCUUUCUUUUUGCUACUCUGUUUUUCUGUUUUUCUUUCUUUCUUUCUUUUUUUUUUGCUACUCUGUUUUAUCUUUCUUUCUUUCUUUCUUUCUUUUUGCUACUCUGUUUUUUUCUUUUUUUCUUUCUUUUUUCUUUUUAUCUUUCUUUCUUUCUUUUUUUCUCUGUUUUUAUCUUUUUUUCUUUCUUUCUUUUCUUUUGCUACUCUGUUUUAUCUUUCUUUCUUUCUUUCUUUUUUGCUACUCUUUUUUUUAUCUUUCUUUCUUUCUUUCUUUCUUUUUUUUGCUACUCUGUUUUUUUUUUCUUUCUUUUUCUUUCUUUCUGUUUUUUCUUUCUUUCUUUUUUUCUUUCUUUUUUUAUCUUUGUUUUUUCUUUCUUUCUUUCUUUUUUUGCUUCUCUCUUUUUUUUUUUCUUUCUUUCUUUCUUUUUGCUACUCUGUUUUUAUCUUUCUUUCUUUCUUUUUGCUACUCUUUUUUUUAUCUUUCUUUCUUUCUUUCUUUUUUCUUUCUUUUUGCUACUCUGUUUUUUUCUUUCUUUUUUUCUUUCUUUCUUUUUGCUACUCUGUUUUUUUUCUUUCUUUUCUUUCUUUCUUUUUGCUACUCUGUUUUUUUUCUUUCUUUUUUCUUUCUUUCUUUUUCUUUCUCUUUUUUUUUCUUUCUUUCUUUCUUUUCUUUUUGCUACUCUUUUUUUUUUUUCUUUCUUUCUUUUUUUGCUACUCUGUUUUUAUCUUUCUUUCUUUCUUUCUUUUGCUACUCUUUUUUUCUUUCUUUCUUUCUUUCUGUUUUUGCUACUCUUUUUUUAUCUUUCUUUCUUUCUUUUCUUUUUUUUUUUCUCUUUUUUUCUUUUUUUUUUUCUUUUUGCUACUCUUUUUUUUCUUUUUUUCUUUCUUUCUUUCUUUUUGCUACUCUGUUUUAUCUUUCUUUUUCUUUUCUUUUUGCUACUCUGUUUUUUCUUUCUUUCUUUCUUUCUUUCUUUUUUCUUUUUUUUUCUUUCUCUUUUUUUCUUUUUUUUUUCUUUUUUUCUUUUUGCUUUCUCUUUUUUCUGUUUUUCUUUUCUUUCUUUUUUUUUGCUACUCUGUUUUUUCUUUUUUUCUUUCUUUCUUUUUUUUGCUUUCUCUGUUUUUUAUCUUUCUUUCUUUUUUUUCUUUUUUCUUUUGCUACUUUGUUUUUUUUCUUUUCUUUCUUUUUUUUCUUUGUUUUUAUCUUGUUUUUUUCUUUCUUUUUUCUUUUUGCUUUUCUUUUUUUUUUCUUUCUUUUUCUUUCUUUUCUUUCUUUCUUUUUUUUGCUACUCUGUUUUUAUCUUUCUUUCUUUCUUUCUUUUUUGCUACUUUCUUUCUUUUUUUUUCUUUCUUUUCUUUCUUUCUUUCUUUUUUUGCUGUUUUUGUUUUUUCUUUCUUUUUUUUCUUUUCUUUUCUUUCUUUUUUUGCUACUCUGUUUUAUCUUUUUUUUCUUUUUUUCUUUCUUUUUUCUUUUUUGCUACUCUGUUUUUAUCUUUCUUUCUUUCUUUCUUUCUUUUUUGCUACUCUUUUUUUUUCUUUCUUUCUUUCUUUUUUUGCUACUCUGUUUUUAUCUUUUCUUUCUUUCUUUCUUUUUUGCUCUCUGUUUUUUUAUCUUUCUUUCUUUAUUUUUUUUUGCUUUCUUUGUUUUUUAUUUUUUUUUCUUUUUUUUUUGCUACUCUGUUUUUUAUCUUUCUUUCUUUCUUUUUUUUUUGCUCUGUUUUUAUCUUUUUUUUCUUUCUUUCUUUUUUUUUGCUACUCUGUUUUUAUCUUUCUUUCUUUCUUUCUUUCUUUUUGCUACUCUGUUUUUAUCUUUCUUUCUUCUUUCUUUCUUUUUUGCUACUUUGUUUUUUAUCUUUCUUUCUUUCUUUCUUUUUGCUCUGUUUUUAUCUUUCUUUCUUUCUUUCUUUUUGCUACUCUGUUUUUAUCUUUCUUUCUUUCUUUCUUUCUUUCUUUUUGCUACUCUGUUUUUAUCUUUCUUUCUUUCUUUCUUUUUGCUACUCUGUUUUUAUCUUUCUUUCUUUCUUUUUGCUACUCUGUUUUUAUCUUUUCUUUCUUUCUUUCUUUUUUGCUACUUUUCUCUUUUUUUUUUUCUUUCUUUCUUUCUUUCUUUUUUGCUACUCUGUUUUUUAUCUUUCUUUCUUUCUUUCUUUUUUUUGCUACUCUGUUUUAUCUUUCUUUCUUUCUUUUCUUUUUGCUACUUUGUUUUUUAUCUUUCUUUCUUUCUUUUUUUGCUACUCUGUUUUCUUUCUUUCUCUGUUUUUCUUUCUUUCUUUCUUUUACCUUUUUUUUUUUUUCUUUCUUUCUUUCUUUCUUUUUGCUACGCUGUUUUUAUCUUUCUUUCUUUCUUUUUUUGCUACUCUGUUUUUUUUUUCUUUCUUUCUUUGUUUUCUUUCUUUUUUUGCUAUCUUUUUUUCUUUCUUUCUUUCUUUUUGCUACUCUGUUUUUUAUCUUUCUUUCUUUCUUUCUUUUUGCUACUCUGUUUUUAUCUUUCUUUCUUUUUCUUUCUUUUUACUACUCACUGUUUUUAA